AUGGUCUAUCAAGGCAAGCCGUCUACAGCGUGUCGGACGUGUCGCCAGCGACGCAUCAAGUGCGAUGAAACGCGCCCCACAUGCGGGCAGUGCGCCAAAUCACGCCGCCAAUGUCUCGGCUACCCCGAGCACACCGACCUGUUCUUCCAGAACCAGACCACCGCCGUCAUUCGCAGGGCAAACCGCAUCAAUGAUGCCAACGCAAAGAAGGCGGCCGGCCUCUCUACAACGCCGCCUGCGAGCAAGGCAUCCUCCGAACCACCAAUCUUUCACACUUACAACUCCAGCGACACCACACCCGCCGGCUCCCCCGGUUACGGCCUCUCGCCCAUGAGUGCCGAAAUCCUCACGCACACCAUCUUCGUCAACCCCACCGAGCCGAUCGAGAACCGCGCCCUAACCUUCUUCCUGACCGCCAUGAUCGUCGAACCCGUCUCCGCCGGCCGCACCGUCGGCCACCUCGACAUCCUUCCCCGCCUAUACCUGCAAUCGCUCUCGACCUCGGCGCUCGCCAAAGUCACCACCGCCGUGUCCGUGGCUGCCUUUGGGGUCGUGGGCUCCGACACCACCCUGGUGCGAAGGCGCGCGUUCCUCGCGUACGGCGAGGCGGUGACGAGCUUGUGGAAAGCUUUGCGAGAUGAGACGGAGCGGGGUCGGAAUGAGACGUUGCUGGCGUGCGUGCUCAUGGUGGUGGUGGAGAGUUUGCUGGCGAAUGGCGCCGCCCCGACCGAGCAGUGGAGCAACCAUGUCAGGGGCGCGAGCGAGCUGUUGAGGCAGCGAGGGUGGGAUGUCGUCCUCAAAGAUUCCGUGUUGAUGAGGCUGUUCACGGUGGUUCGUGGGUUCAUUGGGCACACUGCCAGUGGGGCGUUAGAAGACGAGUUCUUUGAUCGAGAGCUGCCUGUCCCGCCAGGCUAUAUCAUGUCUCCGGAGACGAGGUUGGGCAGGCUUACCCUUCGCAUCGCCGAUUUGCGCGACCGGGGUUUCGCGACGCUGAUCCUCCCGGAUAACACGCACGGCGCGGUCGACGCGCUCAUUGCAGAAUGCCACAGCAUGGAAGCCGCUCUCCUCGACUGGGAAGCCAGCCUGCCGGGGAACUACCAGUACCGCCUCGUCUCCAAGGGCUCCCUAUUGCAGCACUCCCCCCGCAGCUCCAAAGCCAACUCCCCAACCAAGAGCAACGACAACAGCCCCUUCAGCCGCGACCCAACCAACCCGACCAUGGAACUCCUCCCCUCCACCCUCCACGCCUACGCGGAUUCUCACCUCCAGCGCCUCUGGAACUCAUACCGCAUCGCCCGCAUCUUUGUCAACGUGCUCCUGCACCGCGCCGCCCAGCUUCUCCUCACAGACCCAGACCGCUCAACCACCUCUCACGCCCGGCACUCCCCGCCUCCUGGUCCCGCCCCCGCCCCCGCCCUCCUCGCGUCCACAGCGCGACCCCGCCUCCUCAGCCUCGCAAUCGCCAUCCUCUCCUCCAUCCCCCCUUUCAUCCUCGAGCCGUUGCCCUCUGUCCCCCUCCCCCGCAACGGCAACUUCAGCCGCGCCUCGGAGAUCGCGCUGGCCUACCACUGCCUGUUCCCCCUGUACAUCGCACGGGGGGUCGUGUUGUUGGAGGCUGCCGAGAGGGAGAGGAUCAGAGAGGUCAUGCGCAGGAUUGUCGAGAGUUAUGGCGUUCGAGGCGGGGUGGAGUUGAUGGAGUUGGGGGAUGGAGAGGGAGAGGGAGGAGGAGGAGGAGGAGGAGAGAGGCCACUUUGGGGCGGGCCCUGGGGGAGGGAUUGGGUGGAGAGCGUGUGGGAGUGGAAUUUCUUGUAUGGGUGUGGCGCUCUUUGA